UGAUUAACUCCCCAGUCAAUAAACUGCAAGCUUUUGACAUACUGCAUUUUUAGAACGUUAUUUUUCACUGCUGUGUGUUCAGCCAAAAAAGCUGCAAAUUAUGUUCAAAUUUCAAGUGAGAUCAUUUAAAAUGAUUACAACCAGUCUUACCUGUAACAUGCUCUUCAGGGGAAUAGCAGCUAAAGUGGUAUCUUAUGAACAGUUGAAGCAGAUGAUCAAAGAUCGUGCCAUCCAACUUUAUGAUGUGAGACAGCCAGAAGAGAUGGCUAAGGGCAAGAUUCCAACUUCAAUCAACAUCCCCUUAGGUCAGCUUGAGACUGCUCUUAAGAUGGAUGUGGCAACAUUUCUGGAGAUAUACAAGGUGCAGAAGCCAAAAAAGGAGACUAUUAUUGUAUUUCAGUGUCAAACUGGUGUAAGGAGUGCAAGUGCCGUAGAAAUAGCCCAGAAUCUGGGAUUUUCCAAAGCUUGUCACUAUAAAGGAGGCUACACUGAAUGGGCAAAGCGUGAAGGACACUGAUCACAACAUGGGAAUUUCUGUGAUUGAUCAAUGAGUUCCGAUCCAACUCUUAUUAAAUACAUUUAAUAACUCAA